AAAAUGGCAACGUCUACUACGUGGAGGUUUUCGUGCCGGUCGCCCGAAUUGAUUGCUCUCUGUUCCUAUUUAAGAUUUCAAGUUCAUUACUAUUUAUUAUAUUAACUGAGAUUUGCCAGAAAUAAGUCAGGUCCAAAGGUUUUGAUCUGAGUAGAGUUUCGCCAUGGGGACGUUUCAAGAAUAUAUUCAACAGAAUGAAGAUAGGGAUGGCGUACGAUUGUCAUGGAAUGUAUGGCCAUCAAGCAGAUUGGAGGCCACAAGGCUUGUUGUGAAUCUAGCAUGUUUGUAUACUCCGCUGAAAGAAAAACCUGAUUUGCCUGCAAUAACUUACGAUCCAGUUAUGUGCACACGAGGAAACUGUAAAGCCAUCUUAAAUCCUCUUUGCCAGGUUGAUUACAGAGGGAAAUUGUGGAUGUGUAACUUUUGCUUUCAAAGAAAUCCAUUUCCACCCCAGUAUGCCGGAAUUUCUGAGACGAAUCAGCCAGCAGAAUUGCAUCCACAGUUUUCAACUAUAGAGUAUACACUAACGAGAUCCCAAACUUUACCACCCAUAUUCCUCUUGGUGGUUGAUACGUGUAUAGAUGAAGAUGAGCUGAUAACACUAAAAGAGUCCUUACAAAUGUCUCUGUCUCUAUUGCCACCCAAUGCGUUGAUUGGAUUGAUUACCUAUGGAAAAAUGGUUCAGGUUCACGAACUGGGCUGUGAUGGAAUUGCCAAGUCCUAUGUUUUCCGUGGCACUAAGGAUUUUUCUGCUAAGCAAGUACAGGACAUGCUUGGACUUGGAAAGGGUGGUGGUGCAGCUGGUGGUGGUAAUGUUCCACCUGGCCAAAUGGGCCAACCUGGAAUGCCCGGAAUGCCUGGCCAACCGGGACCUGGAAUGCCUCCUGGAUCAGUCGGCCCCAUGGGUGGACCAAUGGGUACCCGAGGACCUGGCGGACAAUCUGUUCUUCCGCCCAGCCGUUUCUUGCAACCGGUUCACAAAUGUGACAUGUAUUUGACUGAUCUUCUCGGAGAGCUUCAGCGUGACCCUUGGCCGGUUUCUCAAGGCAAGCGUCCUCUGCGUUCAACUGGUUCAGCUCUUUCGAUUGCUGUUGGUUUGCUCGAGUGCACUUUUCCCAAUACCGGAGCUCGUGUAAUGCUUUUUGCUGGAGGUGCCUGUUCUCAGGGACCCGGCAUGGUUCUCAAUGAUGACCUGAAGCAACCCAUCAGAUCACAUCACGAUAUCGAUAAGGAUAACGCAAAAUUCAUGAAGAAGGCCACCAAACACUACGAGGCGUUGGCCAGCCGUGCUUGCACAAACGGCCAUGCGAUUGACAUCUAUGCUUGUGCACUUGAUCAAACUGGAUUAUUGGAGAUGAAAUCAUGCUGUAACACGACAGGCGGUCAUUUGGUGAUGGGAGAUUCCUUUGGCUCAUCGCUCUUUAAGCAAACGUUCCAGCGUGUUUUUGCCAAAGACGCCCGCAACGAGUACAAGAUGGCCUUUAACGCCCUGAUGGAAGUGAAAACGUCACGUGAGCUCAAAGUUUGUGGUACCAUUGGACCUUGCAUCUCGAUGAAUGUUAAAGGACCCAACGUAUCUGAAACUGAACUCGGCAUCGGCGGCACGUCACAAUGGAAGUUUUGCGCUUUAGGAACCAAUACAACACCUGCUGUGUUCUUUGAGGUGGUCAAUCAGCACGGCGCGCCUAUACCACAGGGGGGUCGAGGGCAUAUUCAGUUUAUUACGCAGUAUCAGCAUUCAAGCGGUCAAAAGCGCGUUCGAGUAACAACGAUUGCUCGUAACUGGGCGGAUGCCGCUGCCAAUUUGUCUCACAUAACGGCCGGUUUCGACCAGGAAGCGGCUGCCGUUCUCAUGGCUCGCCUGGCUGCCUUCCGCGCAGACUCUGAUGAAGGACCUGAUGUCCUUCGUUGGCUCGAUCGCAUGCUUAUUCGCUUGUGUCAGAAAUUCGGCGUAUAUUCGAAAGACGACCCCAACAGUUUCGUCAUUGGCGAAAACUUUUCUCUAUAUCCCCAGUUUAUGUUCCAUCUUCGUCGAUCGCAAUUCCUGCAAGUUUUCAACAACAGCCCAGAUGAAACAACCUUUUACAGGCACAUGCUCAAUCGUGAAGAUUUGACGCAAGCCCUCAUCAUGGUACAGCCUAUCCUGUACAGCUACAGUUUCCACGGACCACCCGAGCCAGUCUUGUUGGAUACGUCGUCAAUCAUGCCCGAUCGCAUCUUGUUGAUGGAUACAUUUUUUCAGAUUGUCAUUUAUCAUGGCGAGACUAUCGCCCAAUGGCGGGCGUUGGGUUAUCAGAAUGCGCCCGAAUACGAAAACUUUAAGCAGCUACUGCAGGCGCCGAUUGACGACGCACAGGAUAUUUUGCAAUCGCGAUUCCCUAUGCCGCGUUACAUUGACACAGAGCAUGGUGGCUCGCAAGCUCGUUUCCUCCUCUCCAAGGUCAAUCCGUCACAGACUCACAACAACAUGUUCACAUACGGCGGCGGGUCGGCGCCCAAUAAUUCGGAUGGUGGAGCGCCAGUGUUGACAGAUGACGUCAGUUUGCAGGUCUUCAUGGAACAUCUGAAGAAAUUGGCCGUUUCGUCGACCGCUUAGGAAAUGAAACUAAAGGAAUCAAAUGCCCAUGAUAGAUUUGAUAAAAAUUAAAACAAGAAAAAAAUCGGUUUAGAAUUUAUAAUGAGAUUUGAAAGAAGUUUAUACGUCAUCGGCAAGGAGUCAUGACUCCUCACUGUUUCGGUUGAAAACCAUUUUUUUUUUGUCCAUUUAUUCUUCACGCUGCUCAGCUUGUACCGUUCCACAUGUUUGGGGCUUUAUCGUAAAUAAAUAUGCUGUUUCCAA